AUGCGCGUCAUUGUCAGCAACUACCGUCGUCGGAGGCGUAUCAUGCGCCGCGCUGUGAGCGCUCUCGAGCGUAAAAAGCGUGCGGAGCACUUAUGGCUCUUGGAUGUAGGCUUCCGCUUCGUCCAUCACGUGGGCAUCGCGCUGCAUCCCUCGCGCUGGGUCUGUUUCAACAAGACAGACAAAGACAGGAAAAAACGCGUGAAGACUCCAGCGGAUGAAGUCACCAUUCCGAUUGCAACAUCCGAAUACAUAUCGUCAACUACGGCUCGCGCUGGGGUAGAGGCUAGUGCGGAGGCGGGGCAGCCCAACGCUACGUCCGUGUAUGCCUCGCGGCUCCAGCAAAUGCGAGAAUUUCAAGCUUGGUUUCAUUCGCGCAACCCGUGGCACAACCUUUCGCUGAAUGUGCGUGCUGUGGUUUUGCUCGCGCUGCGGUUUCCUCAGAUCUUCGGGCGCGCGUUCCGCAAGUUCAUUUCAGGAUUUGUGUUUGUGUCGCUCGUUUUCUUCUCUUCCUCGUUCAUUAUCGGCACGGUUGUAUCUGCUGGUGGGUUCAAGCUCGGUCCGUUCGAUAACUCUACCGCACUGGUGUCAAGUGAAUUGGAAACCACGCAUGGCGUGUCGGCCUCAGUCACUAUUAACGGCAAGGUGAUUACUUUCGAUGACACGUCCGAAUACGCGGCGUGUAGCAUCAGCUACCAGGGGCUUUCCGUGCUCGACUUGGCAUUGAUGGCCGAUGCUGUGUAUGGCAUUACCACCGAGAUUCAACAAACUGCGCUUGAAAACCGUUUUAACGGAACAGAACUGGAGAACUGGGAAUAUGUCGCGCGUAACAAUGAGAGCACGGACGGACAGCAAUGGAUGGAGAUUUACUUCCCGACCAUCAACAUGACUGUGAUCACUGUGCGGGGUACAGCCUCGGCCACCGACGCGCUGGAGGAUAUGCACUUUUGGUUCGGCAUUACCAUCAUGCAAGCAGCAAACGUGUUCGUGCCAUUUCUUAAGCAGCUGCCCCGCGCUUUCGUAGUGAACAUGUUGUCGAUGCGGCUGAUUGCAAGCGUGAUGCCAUCCCCAGUGUUCACAGAUCUGCUGAACCAUGCCGUGGAUACGCGCUCUCGCGUCGGAAACAAUCUUGUUAUCACGGGGCACAGUCUCGGAGGUGCUAUAGCAGCCAUGAUUGGUGCCAAGACGAAAACAAGUGCUGUGUCGUUUUCUGGGCCCGGGUUGUUGUAUUCGCUGGGGCGCUUCGACAUCACCUCCCAGGACGUUCGUGACUACGUGCUGACGAUGAAGCCGAGGAAAGAUAUCAUUCCAUCGGUUGACGAGUUGGGUGGCUUAGUUCAGGAGAUUCGGUGCAAGAAGUCGUCUCCAAUGGGCUGCCACAGCACGAGUACACAUCUGUGCGAGCUCUAUUUCUCUUGCGGUGAUCCUCGGCAACGCAACUGGUCCACGAACCAGCAAUGCAUUGCGUACGACAAACUUGCGUCGGAUGACGACGACGACGGCGAGUAA